UGCAUUUGGCCGAUGUGGCCACUGUGUGUCCACACAGAGAAGCCAUAAACUUACGUGCUGCCCAAAAUGGCAGAUCAGGAAACGAACGGAUACAAUGACGAGGAGAGUGAUUUCAAGCGAAAAAGCACCAACACGACCCGCGAAAUCCACCAUGAAGAAGAGGAUAUCGAGGAAACGAACAAGCAGUCGGAAAAGGCUCUCGAGUACAUCCGAAACAUACUGGCCGAGCGAUUGGCAAUAGACCGCAAAUACCCGAUCGCCGACCGCUUGCUGGAAGUGGAAGUGGAAACGGUCCAGAAGAGCGGCAAACCUCCGUCACGGCGCUACAUCGACAUUUAUCGAGAGAAGCCCAUCAAAGUGCAGGUGAAGGUACUGGUGCCGGUCAAGGAACAUCCAAAGUUCAACUUCGUCGGCAAGCUGCUCGGUCCGAAGGGUAACUCACUUAAGCGGCUGCAGGAAGAAACGAUGUGUAAAAUGGCCAUCCUCGGCCGGGGCUCGAUGAAGGACCGCAAGCGGGAAGACGAGCUGCGGUCCGCAAUGGACCCGAAGUACGCACAUUUGAGCGAUGAUUUGCACAUCGAAAUCAGUGCGCUGGGACCACCGGCCGAAGCGCAUGCUCGCAUUGCGUACGCCCUGGCUGAAGUACGCAAGUUUCUCAUCCCGGACAGCAAUGAUUUCAUUCGCCAAGAGCAGAUGCGCGAGAUGCUGGAAGAUCCCGACAUCGAGCUCCCCGUGCGGAAGGCGUACAAGAAAGCUCUGGCGCCGACAGCGUCACUGCCACCAGUGAUUGAAGUGCCUACGGCGCCGUCGAUGUCCGGCAGUGCAUCCAUCCAUGGACGAUCACGCACACCGGCUAAAAAGGUGCUCUCGAUCCUCGACAAAGCACGCGAAGCCAUGCAGGAAACGCAUAUGCCACGAAGCUCCAGUUUACGAUACGACGAGUCGCGGUUUUCGAUACCACGAGACGACCACGAUAGCUACGAACCGUAUGUGUAUCACCCUGGAGCACCAUCAUCCAGACCAAAGUACGGCUCAAGUGACUACGAGCCCGAGUAUCGAAGAGACUAUUAUCGUGAUUCUGACCACUCUUAUGCACCCCACAAAACGACCACUCCGUCGAUGGGCGGUCGCCACUGGAAACCAUCGGCUUAUGGUGCCUCUUCAUCGCGCGACGAUAUCUCUUCGAAACACCACGGAACACGGGAUCUUCGCUCGUAUCGCCAUGGGCCGUACGCACGUCCGUCAAAAUGAAAAUAACUAUCGCAAUCCGGCUCGAAAUCCACUUUGCCGUGUACCCGUCGUAAGUGACCGUGAGUGAAAACUUUUGCAUAAACUUAAAACAAAUAAAUAUAACUAAAAUCAAACUGAGCCAUGGGGAAAAGGCUUGAUAUUUGUCGAACACGGUUGAUUUGGUGGUUUUCCAAUGGCUGCUAGAUGGAUACAAUAGACUAUGUAAUAAUUUGUGUAGAUAUACUUACAGAUACAUCAGUAAAUGCUGUGACUGAGGAAUUUCAAAUUAAUUUAAUUUCUUUUGCUUGAUGUCAAAGGUCACGUCUUGCUGGUCGAUCGAUUACCGAAAAGCUUGGUAUCACUUUGCAACACGUCGAAUGAGAGUGCCUUGCAAGAAAAUUACAAAUAUUUUCACAAUCAAUGCUGCUGUUGUUGACAGUAAUGUUGUAACGGGUAUUCCAUUGUCUCUCCCAUACAAGGCCACAUUCAAGACCACAAAUUAUUCUGAGCAACUUCCGCUCGGACGUGGGUAGAUGGGAUUCUUUAACGUUGGACAGGCCCCAUGUUUCAUAGACAUAUGUACUGGGAUUAUUUACGGUUUCUGUAUAACCCCAGCCUCAACCGUCUCGACAAGAGAUGCGAGCAAAAUAGAUUCUUCAGACUGUAGAAUGACCUGUUGACUGCUCGCCCUCUGUUAUAUCGUUGUAAAUGUUAACGUUUGGCCCUAGAUAGGUUAAAAAAUGCUUAAUACAGAAAAAGCCCUAGAGUGCCACAUAAAUUAAGCCCACAAAGGAGUGCACUGUACAGUUCGGGCCGUACACUGUCUUUGUGGCAGUUUCAAAGUUUGAAUUUUAAAUGGCAAAAAUUGGCCGACAGUUUUUUUUUUCAAUUGACCUACGCAAUCGCAGAAGUCCACUACGAUGGAAACAUCUAAUUACUCGUGAAAAGACGAAAUAUAUUAUGUAUUGUACAUAAUAACAGUGAAAAGAUAUUUUACCGCAAUUGUUCUUAAAUGCAAAAAGUAAUUUAAAAAAUCACCAACAAGCGCCAAAGACGUUUUACAUGGCCCUAUAUUUUAUCUAAGACAAAUAUCCACAUGUUAACCGUCGUUGCACGUAAACAGUAAACAUUUUCCACACAUGACUCUUGAAAGUCAGAUUUAGUAUUUCGCUACAGGAUCGACGUCUGCUAAUACUGGCAGGCCAUAUUGUUCCGGGGAAACACAUUUAACUUUCACGUAGGGAACUAUUAGACAUAAAUUUAUCAAUCGAGCCUAAUAGAAUUUUAAAAUCUUGUCGACUCGGUAAAUUUGAUGACAACUUACUAAACAAUUCAAUCUGUAACGUAUAAUAUGAAACCAUUAAACGCAGACUAAACGGUGUAAUAAGCAAAAUAAAAUGUUAUACUCUUAAAUAUCGAUUGGAUAAAAAGUUUCACGAAUUAUAAUACCCGCCCCGUGCAAUGAACAUUGUGUUGUACAAAUUGGCACAAUUGCUACGGUGCUAUAGUACAAAGCUAUUUAAUACAUAAAUAAAUCAAAAUGAAAUAAGUCCACGAAUUCAAAAGUGAAGUAUAAUACAAACACAGGAUGCCAAACUAAUAAAAAUGUCAAAAACAUCUAAAUAAUGCCGAACCAACACUGAUUUUCUUCAGCUAAGCUAGUUAAAAGGCCGAUAUCUAGAACAUUUCUCCGUGUCGUGGCUUAUUCUUUGCCGGUACCAAUUAGCACUACUAUCAAUUGCAAGAUUUCCACCAUAUUUUGCUCCCCGUAAAAGCGAGCCGUGUUGGCUAACAUAAAACAACUUACUGAAAGCAUAUGGAAGCCCUGCCUGUUCGUUUCACAAAGCAAAGGGCUUUAAAUUAAAUUAAAUGGCAAAGUACUCAAAACCAAUCGCUAAACGACGACCGUAAUGUAUCAACCAUAACAAAAGAUAAAACUAUUCCGAUUGUACCACGCAAAUAAUACAUACAAUACAAUAAAGUUCGUAUCACCAACGUAGAUUGGAACGAUUUGUUGAAGCCUUUCGAAAACGAGUGGACUCCGCUUCAC